GAACUACACUAAUUUAAGCAUAUAUUUGGAAAAAGUUACCUGGAAAUUAGAAGUGACACAAUGUUUUAGAAACAAAUAUUUGUUACGAUAAGUGUGUUAACAAAUAGGCCACCGACAUACGACAGUUGCGACCAGCAGAGGUUGCUAACGUGCGCGUCAUCAAUCUCUACUAUUCAAGCUAAGUUCAUUCAUUGUCUUCUUCUUCUUCCUCACCUUCUCAAAUCCUCACAUUCCCAAUUUCUUCACUCUGCAAACCCAAUUUCUAGGGUUUUCCAUAAAUCACAAACCUCACGGUGGUUCAAUUCAAUCCACCGCCGAUUGUUAUGUAAUGAGGCGGCGCCCUGUGGCGGCCAUUCUCCAAGAUCAAAUGGAGAAAUCAACAACCAAAACCCAAAAUUCCCGAAUCUGCUUCCUCGCUAUUCUCACCGCUUUCUUCUGGCUCUUUCUCCUUUACUUCCAUUUCAUCAUCCUCCCCCAACAAAAUCAACCACAAUCCACCAUUUCCACCACCGUAAACAACCAACUAACAUCCCUCCACCACCAACCAUAUUCACCGCCACCGCCACCGCCACCACCACCGCCAGCAUCAUUACCCAAAUUCAAGAGUCCUCCAAGGAAGAACUUUGGCUUCCCUGAUAAGUCAACACUACAAUCACAAUCCCCUCCCAAAAAAAACUUCCCCUUUACAAAAGCACUCGCAACUUCCAACAACAAAACCGAUCCAUGUGGAGGUAGAUACAUUUACGUCCAUGAUCUUCCUUCCAGGUUCAACCAAGACAUGUUAAGAGACUGCAAAACACUGUCCCUCUGGACCAACAUGUGCAAGUUUACUACCAAUGCAGGUCUUGGUCCACCUCUCGAAAACAUCGACGGGGUUUUCUCUGAUAAAGGCUGGUAUGCUACUAACCAAUUCGCGGUUGAUGUGAUUUUUUCCAAUAGAAUGAAACAGUAUGAAUGCUUGACUAAAGAUUCUUCCAUUGCCGCUGCUGUAUUUGUGCCGUUUUAUGCUGGCUUUGACAUUGCGCGUUAUCUUUGGGGUUAUAAUAUUUCUAUGAGAGACGCCGCAUCGCUUGAUCUUGUUGAUUGGUUGACGAAGCGGCCCGAAUGGGGAAUCAUGAAUGGGAGAGAUCAUUUUCUUGUUGCGGGUAGGAUAACUUGGGAUUUUAGGAGAUUAUCUGAGGAGGAAUCUGAUUGGGGGAACAAGCUUUUGUUUUUACCUGCUGCUAAGAAUAUGUCUAUGCUUGUUGUUGAGUCUAGUCCUUGGAAUGCCAAUGAUUUUGGGAUUCCUUAUCCUACUUAUUUCCACCCUGCAAAAGAUGAGGAUGUGUUUCUUUGGCAGGAGAGAAUGAGAAAGUUGGAGAGAAAGUGGCUUUUUUCUUUCGCAGGUGCGCCGCGUCCGGAUAACGCUAAAUCAAUUAGGGGUCAGAUAAUUGAGCAAUGUAGGACUUCCAAGGUUGGUAAGCUUUUGGAAUGUGAUUUUGGGGAAAGUAAAUGUCAUUCUCCUAGUUCCAUAAUGCAGAUGUUUCAGGGAUCCCUUUUUUGUCUUCAACCUCAGGGUGAUUCUUAUACAAGAAGAUCUGCUUUUGAUUCAAUGCUUGCUGGUUGUAUACCUGUGUUUUUUCAUCCCGGUUCGGCGUAUACACAAUAUACCUGGCAUCUACCUAAGGAUUAUACUAAGUAUUCUGUAUUCAUUCCCGAGGAUGAUAUUCGAAAGAGGAAUGUUACUAUAGAGCAGAGGCUUAGUCAGAUACCCGAGGAGCAAGUGAGGGUCAUGAGAGAGGAGGUGAUUAGUCUCAUUCCUAGAUUAGUGUACGCUGAUCCUCGCACUAAGUUAGAGACUUUAAAAGAUGCUUUUGAUGUUUCUGUGCAAGCCAUGAUUGAUAAGGUUACCAAUUUAAGGAAGGAUAUUAUUGAAGGUCGCACAGACGAAAACUUCAUUGAGGAGAAUAGUUGGAAAUAUGCACUGUUGGAUGAGGGACAGCGUGAAGUAGGACCUCAUGAAUGGGAUCCUUUCUUCUCUAAACCUAAGGGUGGAAAUGCGGAAUCCACUGAUUCAUCUGCUGAAGCUGCAAAAAAAUCAUGGAAAAAUGAGCAAAGAAUUCAAUAAUGAUUUGCUAUGGUGAGGUAAAAAUUUGCAUCUUCUGACUGCUGCUGGUUUCUGAAAAGUUGUCUAGUGCAAGAUUCUAAUGAUUUCCCUAAAUUAGGGAGAACAAGAAUUGCAGCUACAAUAUAGUUAGUGGGAUCUUGCUAUCAAUUUAUUGCAGAAAUUGUACUAUCUGAGUAGGCUUCCUCAUUGAAACACCCUUCAUUGCUACAGUUUUGUUAUAUACAUUCUUUCAAUAGUUUCUGCUUUUUGUAUUAUUUGCCAUAGUGGUUUAUAGAUGUAUUUUCAAAGGUCUAAAUAAUUUCCCUUGAUACAGACAUUUUGGUUUACUUGAUUCAUAUAGGAAAUAUAAACAAAUUUAUGGUUAAAUGGUCAGUUGAAUUCUAUA